AUGGUCGGAGUGGCCAAGUGGAGGGCCCCCCUGUUGGGCGUCCUACUGCUGGUAAGGAGCACUCAAAGGGGAGUGGGCCAAGCGUCCACCGGGGUGACUAACCGCAUGAGUAUUCCGAGUGGGAAAGGCAUGUACAGCGAUGGGGAAGAGGAGGGGAAGAACGAUUGCAGGGGAGUCGAUCCGUGGUGGGGGAACGACCACUAUGGGCAUCGCAGUUAUGAGCAGCGCAGUUAUGGGCAGCGCAGGUACGAGUACCAUCCAGGCGAAGGCAGCGUGGGCGAGGUCUAUCCCUACAGUGAGCAGCCAAAGCGGCAAAGCAUCUACAGCAGAAGGAGCAACGCAGCAUCCCUCUACAAGCACGCAGAGAGAUACGCUAGUGAACCCCUAGGUGAGGAUUUUGUAUUUCACUUUAGCAAAAACGGAGAGCUGCCAUACGGGUGCACGCAAAAUGAGAUAAGCAAAGAGCUAACCAACGAUGAAAUUUACUUUUUCGUCACCUCCUUUUUUUUUUACUUAAGUGGAAAAGAAGCUUUUGUAGCCUACUACUACUAUAUAACCUUUUUGAAUAGGGUCUACGCUCAUUCGGUGAGGAAGCUACACACGUGGUACAAUCACUUGGCGAGGUCCCAUAGACUGCCAGACACCAUCCGCAUAAAACACUGGGAGGAGUGCAAAGCUGACUGGAUUAAAGAUUUAAGAAGAAUAGAAAAAGUGAGUAAGUCCCUCUUCCUUCAGACUAUGAAAGGACGCAGGAAAAUAUUUAUGCUCAAAUUUAACCUCCUCCUCCACCGGUGCUCGCUGCUGUGGCGGAAGGCCAAGCGCAACAAUAAGAGGAAGUGGACCCGCCUUCUGCAGCACAAGGUGAAGCUACACAGGUGA